AUGUUGUCAUCAGUUCCACACAGAACGCCUUGGUGGAAACCAAAGAAGCUAGUCCAAGUCACAAGAUCCUAUCCAACCUUCCCCGUCCUGAAUUCCUGGGAAGAACCCAGGGGCCUCUUGACUGCAGAAGGGGAACCGAACCCUGGCGUGAGCAUGGGCGUGGAGGAGGGGCUGCUCUGCCAAAUGAUUCACUCUCCAGAGUUCAACCUGUUUCCAGACUCAGUGAUGUUCGAAAGCAACUUUGUCCAGGUCAAAAGGGGCAGGAGCUGGACAGACAUCUACAAAGCCUGCAAUACCAUGGCCCUGGGGGUGACCUCCUCUGUGCCCUGCUUGCCCCUCCCCAACAUCCUACUUAUGGCUAGUGUCAAGUGGCACCAGGGGCAGAGCCAGACUUGGAACAGACCAUCAAAAGUACCAAACAUCAUGCUGAAGAGGAUCCUUCCCCUGAAGUUUGUGGAGCUGCAGGUCUGUGACCGCCUGCAACGCAUCCUAAGGCUGAGGACGGUCACUGAGAAGAUCUACUACCUGAAGCUCCACCCCGAUCACCCUGAGACCGUCUUCCACUUCUGGAUCCGACUGCUUCAGAUUCUGCAGGAGGGCCUGUCCAUCACCACCAAGGACCCUAGGAUUCCUGUUACUCACUGCUUGGUACCCAAGAACAAUUGUGGCUCCUCCGGAGACGCUAAGUUAACACAGAAGGAACUCCAAGUGUCCCAGCCCAGCGAGAGCCUGCUGCAGCUGAUGGCCAAGGCCGAGAGUGAGGCCCUCUCUCAGAUUUUUGCCGACUUGCACCAGCAGAACCAGUUCAGGAGCAGCAAAAAAGUGGAGACCAAAAAGGAUGCCUCAGAGAAAGACACUUCCUAUGAAGACAGCAUUCCUUGCACCCGAGACCUCAGCUGGAGGGAGUCACUGACUUACGGAGAGUGGGAAAGAGAGAACCCCUCCGGGCCACAGCCCCUCUCGCUCCUCAGCACCCUAGCAGCCUCCACCUGGCCCCAGCUGGGCCCACCCACAGGUACGACAGCCGCGCCCACAGGCCGCGCCGCGCUGGGCCCACCAACUAUCCCCACAGCCCCGGGGCCAGGCCUGGGCGGGAAGCCGACCCACGCAGCUCGGCGCGCUCGUGGGGACGUGGCGCUUUCCAGCCAAUCCCGGCCACGCCACCGUGGGACCAAUGGCGGCCCAAGUGAGCUGCGCGUCAGCAGCGGGGCUGUGCAGGACUGGUCGGAAAGCCGGCGGCGAGGCGGGGCGCGGGGCUGCUUCCGGCGGGGCGGUGCUUGCGCGCGUGAGCCGAGCCGGUGGGAGAGCGGCGGCCGCUGCAGCCCGAGCGGCGGGAGCGACGAGGACAGGGAGGGUAGGUGCCGAGGCGCGCGCUCCCCGUCCCACCGUCGCGCCCUGCUUCGCUUUCUGUUUGCUUCCGGGCCGCGCUCCGCGAGCGACGCGCGCCCAGCUCCUUCGGGGCCGGCGCCGGGCUCCUGGGCCUGA